CUUGAUGUCAUGCAUGACCAACUUGAGGGAGUGCUGCCCCUAGAAGUCAAGAUUCUGUUACAGAAGUACAUUCAAGAGGAAAAUUAUUUCACACUUGAAAUUGUGAAUGACAGAUUAGAAAGAUUGUGGUAUCCUCAAUCUGAUGCUAGCAAUAAACCAAGUCCUAUAAAGCCGCAGUCAUUGGCAAACAAUUCAAUGAGGAUUUCACAGUCAGCAGCUCGGAUGUGGUGCCUGGCAAGAAUGUUUCCUAUACUUAUAGGAGACUUGAUUCCACAAAAUGAUGAGCACUGGGAAAACUUUUUGCGACUACUGAAAAUUGAAGAAAUUGUUUUUGCUCCUAAAGCAACACCACAGCUGGCUGCAUAUCUUGGAGUUCUCAUAGAGGAGUACCUAGAGGACUAUGUCAACCUCAAUGACCGGCUUCCAAUCCCAAAACAGCAUUACAUGGUGCAUUACCCAAAUCAAAUUAUCAAAAAUGGUCCCCUAGUAAGAAACUGGGCCAUGAGGUUCGAGGCCAAACAUAACUACUUUAAAAAGCUGGUAGACAACAUCAACAAUUUCAAAAAUAUCACCUAUUCCUUGGCUAUGAGGCAUCAAGCCCUUCAGACUUAUCGAAUGCAAAGUUCACAAGGCAACUAUUUGAGAGUGUCUUUGGAAAUUGGACCUGCUGUUGGAAGGGUAACAACUGUUCAAGAAGCAGGAGUAGAAGAUGAGCUGCAAGAGGCAGACCCCCAAACUAAAGGCGACAGUUCACUGACACGCACAUCCUGGGUUAAAGUUUAUGGAACCAAAUACGUAAAGGGCGAUGUUAUUGUAAUUGACUACCACCAUGGCUUUCCAAUUUUGGGAAAGAUCCAAAAGGUUUUGGUUGUUGAGAGACACAUAGUUUGGUUUCAGUACCUUAAAAUAAAUGUUACUGAAUUUGUCUGUCAUUUAAAUGCUUUUAAAGUUCAGCAACUGAACGAAAUAAGAUAUAUUAAGCAAUCUGAGCUUCUAGAUUAUUACCCCCUUGGUCUCGUUAAGGGAUUUGGUUGCUAUGCCAACCAAGUCUUCGUGACAUUGAAAUACAGAUUGGAUCUUAUGCAGUAAUGAUAUUUUUGGUUACAUUUUGCUAUAUUGAUGCAUGUAAAUAAUACAGAAAAAAUCAUGAUAAAUAGUAUAUUGCAGAAUAGAAAGUAAAGUUUCUUAAAAUGGCUGCAAAAAUAUAAAGAAAAAUUAUUAAAAAAAAUAAUUACUUUUGUUUCAACUAUGUUGUGGUGCUAUUCAUGCUCCAUUUUUUCUGAGUAGAAUUACUCAGAAACCAACUUGGAUAUCAUAAUGCGAUUGAGUAAUUUAACUCAACAUUUGAGUUAGAUUCUCUGAAUUAUCAAAGAGUUAUUGGGUAUUUCAAUGAUUUAUGGGUGUUUUAUUCAUGUACUUUGGCCAUUUUAGGGAUGGAUCGAUUUGUAAAGGUUGUUUAAUAUUGUUCGAAUUUGUGUCAAUUGCUUGUGUACUAUGUCUUGUCAUAGUGCACGUGUUACUUUAUACUGUUACAUAAUGUGUAGCAAAUAUAGCAAAAAUAUCCCAGCAGAAAGCAUCCUUUGCUGGUAAAGCCCAUCUCAAAAUCAUCCCUCAUCCCUGUAUUCCUUAUGACAGACUCAACUUUUAGUUAAUUUACUCAAUACCUAGUAAAUAAACUCACAUAUUGUGAGUUAUAUUACUUGACAAAU